AUGGGCAUACCUUUGGACAAAGCUUCACUCUUAGCUUUGUUUCUUGAGACUUUAUUUUAUGGCGUGUUCCUGACGUUGUACUGCUUGACACUGUUCAUCCUACUCAGGAAAUCUGGAAUCAACCAGCAACUCCUUAUCCCAGUCGCAACCAUGCUGCUCUGUAUUGCAACUGCUGUCAGUGCACUAGUCACUCCUUUGGCAGAAUCGCUCAAUACAGUUGCUCCUCAGCAUCUAAUCGUUGAUUUUGUUCGAGUUUUGGAGGCGUUCGUGUUCGAUGCGGACAAGAUGAGUGCAGAUGCCUACUAUUCCAACCUUGCCGCGCCAUUGGAAUACGCAAAAACUGCACUUUACGUCACGCAAACCGCUCCCGCUGAUUGUGUCUUUUUCCGCGUGACGCGUUCAAGUUCCCCCAUCUCAGUUUGGCGUUGUUACGUACUGAACGACAGAAGCCUGUUCGUUGCCGUUCCUGGUCUAAUCGUGCUGUGUACAAAUGCUGUGACUGGGUACAUUAUCGUUUGGUCCCUCUCCCAGGCCAACAGUUCGUCCACCGUUUUCACCACCGCUCAUGCAUGGAUCACGACAUUCUUCACGCUGACUAUGAUCACAAGUUUCACCUGCACUACUUUGAUUGCCUGGCGCAUCUAUCGCACUCGGCGUUUUAUGUCGGGCGGAUUUGCUGCGUACUUGCCCAUUCUGAUCGUCAUUGUGGAAAGUGGUGCUAUAUAUGCGACGGGCGUCCUUUCGAUUCUUGUGACAUACCUGUCCGGAUCCAAUGGUCAAUAUGCCGUGCUGGACACCGUCUCUCCUAUUAUGGGAAUUGUAUUCUGCCUCAUCAUCCUGCAAGUACACUUCCAAAUAGGCAACAAGUCCCUGAUUGCACGGUCCCUUGAACCAAGGGGCGUUAUCACCGGCUCUUCAGACUCGGAGAGCGGGGUGUACGCGAUGUGGGCUGGAGCAUGA